GUCUCCCGCUGCAUCGCUGCCGUCCCACACCUCGGUUUUCUUUCCUUCUUGUCGCUGCGCCAUUCGCAUUAAUUUAUAGAGGUCCACCCUCGCUAUCUAUCUGCUUUCGCAACUCUGGAUUCCUCUCGGUUCAACAAAUAUUCCCCCGCCCUUGCUCUCACAUUCAUGUCUGACGAACAACCACAAGCCGACCAAAGUCAUUCUUUACUCGUGAAAUCCCAUUCAUUCCCAGCCUCCCCGUCGCUAGAGUCAACGCCAGAGUCUUCACGCGAGCCGUCGCUCAGCAUUCCGUCCUCCGAGCUGCAUACCGCGCGAUCACUCCCUUCUCUAGCCCCACGAAAUAGUUCUGGCGUGAACGUCAAGUUCGCCCCGCUCCCUGUUACGGAGAAAUCACGAUCCCGCCAUCCAUCCUUUCACUAUGGCGUCGGGGCGCGCUCGCGACUACUUCGGAAUAAACGUCUGAUGCAGGAGCUCGAGGCUGCGGCGGAGCGGGGGGACACUAUUUAUGUUACGGAGGGGGAGCCAUUGCCGACUAUUGUGAGAGAAGAGGAUCCUGUUGUGGUGCUCGGACGGAAGAUGGUGGGUGCAAGCAAGAGUUGGUGGAGGCGUGUUGCGCGGAAGCAGGAGCUGGUCCAUCAGGAAGCCGAUGCGCAGCCAAUUGGGGAUAGCAGCCCCCCCUCUGACGGCAAGACCGUGGUCAUAGUGCGGCGAAAGUCAGAGGAGAAGUCUGCUGCGGCCGAUGAAAAGGAGGAAGAGGGCCGUGUGUGGGAGGAGGAGAUCGACCCGGACUUUUGCAGACGAAUGUCUCUAGUGGACGUAGGCGAACCUGAACGGGCGGAUGGGGGGUCCACCGAUGAUAUACCCAAUAGCAAGAAGACCCAAGUGCAGGCGCUUGGGAAGAAGACGCCGAAACGAAAAGAACUCAGACGAGCAGCGACUAGCUAACAGCGCUACAAUGGAUACCUCACCAUGUUUUCGACGUUCUAGUACAUAAUUUGGGGUAAUGGGCGACAUCAACUUAGGAUACCUUGAUAUAAUGUGUCUGACAAGUGUUUUGCGGUCGUCGGGCAGGGAACGAUCCCUUUACAAGGGAAAGCGGUGUUUGCCUGUUCAACGCGACUAUCGCGCGGUAUAGAAUGUUUUCCCCGAGGCUUGAUACCCGUGUAACUUUGAAUACACUUGCUGCA